UGCAUCUGCUCGGCCUGAUCCUCGCUAGGUAACCGAGAUGAUAGCCCCGCCUCAGUCAUCAGCACCUCGCAACACUGCUUCUGUCUUCGUUAGUCGACCUCACCUAUGGCAAAUUAUACCAUUCGCACACCUAAUGACCCCAUUAUUGACGAACCUGACGGUGGUUCUCACUCGAAGCUAUGCAACAAGUGCUCAGUUCUCUCCUUCAACGAUGCUGAGCUAGGAGGCUACGAGGAGGACGGCGUGCUACAGUUCGACGAUGUGGAGAACGAUCAAAGAAAGACACUCAGAAUCGAUUACAACCAUUCCGACACCUUGCCAUACCUGCCACUACUGCAGGAGUCGGCGAGAUCAGGCUGCCACUUCUGUGCCACACUACGCAAGGAGACCCUCAGCCUAGGAAUCGAUCACUCUGGCGACAUCACCUACACUCUACAUUAUACGUUCGGGCCCAAACUAACGGAACGGUACGAAGAAGAAGUCGGAAUCUACUUGCUCAUCGUCGAAAUGAGUAUCAUUGGGGAGGACUUGGAGAUCCUCCGAGAAGGGCUGGUAUUCACUGUCGACUCUACAGGAGCCUGCCGUGAUUGGUUACAGACUUUACCAUCUCCUUCUGGGGAUGCACUGUGCACUGCGAACAUGACGGACCUAAUAAAUGUCUUGUCUGGAUGCGACACAAAUUGCGAAUGCAGUGAGGCGGAAGCAUCCGAUUUCUUACCGACUCGACUACUUGACUUGCACGAUUGGGGCACAUCCAAAUUAAUUCGUGUUGUUGAAGCCUCUUCCAUCGCUCCGUCGACAGAAGCACGUUACGUGGCACUCAGUUACUGUUGGGGUCCUCCGUCUGCAGCGACUUUACAACUGAAAACCACCCACGAAACCUACCAGGAACGCCUUAUUGGUAUCAAUGCGGACUCCCUAACACCAGUUAUGAAAGACGCAGUCGAUUUCACCCACGCUCUAUCAUUCCGCUACUUGUGGAUCGACGCCUUGUGCAUCAUACAAGGAGACUACGAGGAUUGGGUCAGGGAAUCCGCUCAGAUGGAUCUUGUGUACGCCAAUGCGUAUUUCGCACUUUGCCCGCUCACAUCAUCGACUUGUCUCCAGGGAUUCCUCAAACGUGAACGCUCUAUUCAGGUCCCGUUCAAGUCAUCUAUCCAGGAUGAGACGACUGGAACAAUUCACUUGCGAUUUCUCAAGUCGGGACUCAUUGGAAACAUGUUCUCAAUCAAUUACAUGGAGACGGCUGCUACGGUAUGGAACACACGAGGCUGGACAUUUCAAGAGAAGAACCUUGCAUCCCGCAGGAUCUAUGUUGGCCGUUCUCAGUUGCACUACAUGUGUGCCAGAAAGGAGUGGAUGGAACCUUCGUGGUGGUCCACCAGUCCGGAGGACCAUCAAAUACAGCAAUACUUAAUGGAUGACGAUCGUUAUGGAGAUCCCAACGAUAACUGGACUGAAUUGGUUGACGAGUACGUCUCACGCCAGCUUACCAACCCUGCUGACAGGUUUCCUGCGCUGUCGGGCAUCGCCAAACUCUUCGCGAAGGCGACUGGAGAUGAUUACGUUGCGGGCCUAUGGUCAUCGGAUAUCCUCCGCCAGUGCCUUUGGAAGGGCUACCGCGGUGUGAACAGUCUCGAAAAGCUUCUCGAAUCGCUCUCUGUCAACAACAGCGAUGACUACAUCUGCCCUUCUUGGAGCUGGGCGCGUCAACAUAAUGUCAUAUUCCCCCAUUUCAAGGCCAAGCAUGCAUUCCGCUCGGAAUGCAAAAGUCUAAAAGUAUGGGCUGUUCCAACGGAUACAGACCUUAACCCAUGGGGCUGUGUGAGAGACGGGCAUCUCGAAGUCGAGGCGAGGUAUCUCACCAUCGACGGGGUCUGGACGAGGAUUACCGCUAGAACUUCUGCUUCAAACUUCCAUGUAUGGACUGUGCGCCUGGGCAGUGAUUGCCGCGUGGAUUGCAGCCUGGAUUGGGACGACUCGAAUGUGGACUUUGUGCCUUUCAAACAAGCAAUAUUUGUGCUCUUGGCCAGUAGUAUGGACACUGAAGCCCAGGUUACGACGCCUGAGACAGUCAGAGAGAGCAACUUGGCAUGGGACGGCUUAGAAGUCCGUGUAUCCAAGCAAGAAGCGACACUGUCUGUAGACGCAGGCAUCUCAUGCGCCAAUAUCCCAUUCAUGACCCGACGAAAGGCAUGGGGCCUCUUGCUGCGUCCAUCACGGAGUGGUCACAUUGUUCGUAUCGGACUUUUCGAGAUCAGGGCUAGGUUUGGCGGGCCUGGAAUCUUCCGCGACAGCCCGUUGCGAGUGUUUGACAUUGUUGAAUGUAAAGCCGCUCAAUAGCUCUGCGCUUCUCCCAGCCACAAUCCUCAACUUAUUCAACCAAAUUCACCAAGCGCAUUCGAUAUGAAAAAGCUCAACAACCUCCCUCAAGAACUCUUCGACCUCGUCUGCAAGUAUUGCCCGCGCGAAGCCAUCAUCGCGCUUCGGCACACCGAUCGCCAACUUACGGAAACGACUCGAGAGCAAUUUCACAAUGGAUUCAACUCACUCAUCGUGACAUGCUCUAAGGCUGGCCUGGAGCGUCUCGAGAAGCUCACAACCGAUCCCUACUGCUCGAAGCAUGUUUUGUCGAGGGUCAAGAAGGUCACUUUCUCCACACUGACGCCGCAUCGACUCCAAGAGUUGGCCGAGUCGCGAUCCCGUCCACAACCAGACGGAGGAGACAACUAUCUUCGAGCGUAUACUUACGUGCGAAAAACGCUGGUCGAUGGCCUGAACGCACUACCGAACCUGGACACCGUCACUGUUAC